AUGACAACAUACGUAAGUAAAAUAACUGGUUUAGUUUACAUAUUCCUUGUAAUAAAUAAACAACAAUUUACACCUCGAGAAUGCUACUACAUAGGGCUCGAGGCAGCUGUUGAUGGUGUUUUACGAAAUAGUGAUGACGAUGAAAGUGAUUUUGCUAUCAUACCACCCGAUCCAAGCACAUUGACUGAUGAAGAGGAAGGUGCCGAGGAAGAUAUAGCAGGGUGUUUCAUGCCCCAUGAUGUACCUCAUACUAUAGAGGUAUUUACGAAUCCCGAAGAUGGCAGCGUCAAAUUUGACUUGUCCAAAUCGGCCAACCUCACAGACCGGCAUGUCGAUCCCGAAUGCGAGUACCAGGCGAGCAUACUUUGCGAAGAAGAUCCCUCCACACGCGCUAGUGCUAUAGAAAAACUGAGAAAUAUGAUCCAUGAGCGAGGUGAAUGCCAUCCACCGCGUAUGGAUGACGCAUUCUUGCUACGAUUCCUGCGCGUGCGCCGCUCUAUACCGGCGCGGGCACACCGCCUGAUAGUCCGGUAUUGUAAUUUCCGCGAACAGAAUAAACACCUAUGGAUCGACGUAUCCUGGUAUGGACUAAGGAAACUUGGGAAUGUGUUUGAGGGUGUCUUAUUCGAUAGACCUGACGUUGGACGACUUAUUAUUUGCCGCAUAGGACAAUGGGAUCCAGACUUUAUCCCCGCAGAAGACCUGGUCCGGGGAUGUCUCAUCUUCCUCGAGAUCGGCAUCAUGCAGCCCAAACUGCAGGUACUGGGCGGUACAGCCAUGUUGGAUUGCGAGGACAUCACACUGAAGCAUAUGCGACAACUAACGCCAUCUGUUGUCAUGCAGAUCAUAAACGUCACGGGGUUUCCAAUCCAUCAGCGUGGUAUGCACAUUAUAAACUGCUCCCGUCUCUUUGAGAAGCUGUUCUACGUGUUCAAGCGGUUCGCUCCAAACGAUGGGCUUUGGGAGAAGGUUCACUUUCAUGGAUAUGAUUUAAAUUCUUUGCACAGGUACAUCGAUCCAGAAUGUCUUCCGACACGAUAUGGUGGUCCUCGUGAACCCGUUUCCCUCAGGGAAUGGCUCACCAAAAUCAGGCAGUACAAAAACAAAAAGUUCGACGAAGACAUGAGAAGCCUGGGGUAUGCUGUAGACUGACAAGAACUCAAUAAAGUCAAAUAAAGAAUAAAAGUUAUAUUUCAGAGUCCAAUUAACAGAAUAAUAAUAGAAAAAUGGUGUUUCCUGUUUAUCCUUCUAAAGAAAUUAACCGUCAACACAUUCAAACAGUUUUUUUUCUAUAAAAGUCUGGGAUCCGUGGAACGGAAGUGAUUACUAUCAAGUUAAUUUUCCGUGAGUAGC